GGUUGAUUUGGCGCGAAAGUGACCGUCUCAAAAACAUCCUCCCGGACGUUUUAACCACGGAUUAAAGGUUGUAAAACCCUGUUUUCUGCGUGGCAGGUUCGUGAUUUACAGUUCCAGGAUGUUCUGUGAGAAGGCCGUGGAGCUGGUCCGGGAGCUGCAGCGGAUGAACGACGGACAGCUGCCCGCCUUCAACGAGGACGGGCUGAGGCAGGUCCUGCAGGAGAUGGAGAACCUUUAUGAACAGAACCAGGCUGAUGUUAACGAUGCGAGGACGAGCAGCCGUUCUGACCUCAUUCCCUCCAUCAAGCUGCGUCACUGCUGCCUGUUGAGGAACCAGCGCUGCGUCGUCGCCUACGCCUACGACCGGCUGCUGAGGAUCCGGGCUCUGCGUUGGGAGUACGGCAGCGUUCUUCCUGCUAACGUUCGCUUCCACAUGUGUGCGGAGGAGGUCCAGUGGUUCAGUCAGUAUAAGAAGUCUCUGGUCCAGUGGUUCAGUCAGUAUAAGAAGUCUCUCUCCUCCUUCAUGCGGUCCAUCGGGGCGGGGGAGGGGCUGGACAUCACGCAGGACAUGCAGCCGCCCAAGAGUCUCUACGUCCAGGUGCGGUGUCUGCAGGACCAGGGGGAAUUAGAGGUCGAUGACGGGACGGUGAUUCUGCUGAAGAAGAACAGCCAGCACUUCCUGCCGCGCUGGAAAUGUGAGCAGCUGAUUCGCCAAGGAGUCCUGGAGCACGUGGAGUCCUGACCCGGUUCUGGUUCUGGACCCGGUUCUGGAGCACGUGGAGUCCUGACCCGGUUCUGGUUCUGGACCUCCAGUGAAGCUUCUGUUUCCAACGUUUGUCUGUGUUUGUAUUGUAACUUUAUUUGUUGAUGUUUUAAUGAUGAAAU